AUGGCUGAAUGUGCCCAGUACCAAGCUAUACUUCAGAAGAAUUUGAUGUAUUUAGCAGCAGUUGCUGAUGCCCAGCCACCACCAGGAUCAACACCGUCACAGGUUCCCACUAGUUCUGUUGCUUCGCAAGGAAACUAUUUGCAGCAGACUCAAGCUUCAGCAGUUAAACAGCAACAUGGUGCCCCAAUUGCAAAGUUGCCAUUCCAGGUUAAUGCACUCCGGCCUCAAGACCAGCAAAAUCAACUACUCCAGUUCCAAAAACAGCAACAGAUGCAAGGGCACUUUGGCCUAGGAGGUGGUGUCAGUAACAGCAUGCAUUUUCUUAUGCAACCUGGAGUUGGCACUUCAGGCAGUUUGAUGGAUUUGAGAGGAAACCAGCCAGGUGGAUUGGAGGCUAUUUCUGGCGAUGGCCAAGGAAACUUGGGUUUAGGACGUACUGAGGGUAGAGAUUGA